AUGGGUAACUCCAGUCAGGUUUCCCACUUCACUCUGGGAGCCUAUUAUGAAACUGGGCUUUUGAGAUGGCUGUAUUUCCUUAUCAUAUUGUCAGUGUAUAUUCUUAUCGUGCUUUCCAACCUGCUCCUUAUUGUUGUUAUAUGUUCGAACAGAACUCUACAUGAACCUAUGUACCUUUUUCUCUGUAGUUUAUUUGUGAAUGAACUGUAUGGCAGCACUACGUUAUUUCCAUUUCUCUUGGUCCAGAUAUUGUCAGACUCACACUUGAUUCCAAUUCCUUUUUGCUUCUUACAGAUUUUCUGCAUGUAUCACUAUGCAAGUGCUGAGUUUUUCAUGUUAGCUGCCAUGUCAUACGAUCGCUACAUGGCUAUCUGCUUUCCACUGCAGUACAACACUAAAAUGAAUGUCACAAAAGUGUCUCUCCUCAUUUUCCUGAGCUGGUUUGUUGCGUUUGUGGGAAUUGCAGUUAUGACGUCUUUGAGUGUGCCUUUAAAACUGUGUGGCACUAUAAUAGACAGGAUCAUAUGCGGGAACUACUCCAUUGUUAAACUGGCCUGUUUCAACACGAAAGCGAACAACAUCUUUGGUUUGUUAUACACUCUUCUCUCCGUGGUCCCUACCCUUAGCCUUAUCUUGUUCACAUACGUGCGCAUCCUUCAAGUGUGUUUUAGUGGGUCCAUGGACAUGCGGCACAAGGCUCUGGGCACCUGCGCGCCUCACCUCCUGUCUGUGCUAAACUUCUCCUUUGGCUGUUCGUUCCAGAUUGUUCAGAGCAGGUUUGACAUGAACUCUAUUAAUCGUGUGGUGGGGAUACUGCUGACUCUUUAUUUUUUAACUGUUCAGCCUUUGUUCAGUCCAGUCGUGUAUGGACUCAAAAUGUCUAAAAUCAAAGAUCUAUGUAAACGCUUGUUGUGUGGAAAAUAA